AUGGAAGGAAAGGAAGUGACAGUGGCUUUUAUAGUGAUUGCUUCGUUUUCUCCUUAUACGGCUAUUUUGGGAAGGUCGUGGAUCCAUGCGAUGGGGGCAGUCCCCUCCACCCAGCAUAUGAAGGUUAAGUUCCGCACCGAGCAGGGUAUUGCUGUAGUAAGAGGAAGCCAGCAAGCGCCCAGGUAUAUUCAGCUUGGGGUAAAUAUGAGGGAUGAAGAUAGGGUAGGAACGUUGUUAUUUCUUGUGCAAAAAAUGGACAUGUUUGCUUGGAGACCAUACGAGGUGCUCGGGGUUGAUCCUGAAAUCAUUGUUCACAAGCUUAACGUAGAUCUGUCGUUUCCCCCAAAAAAGCAGAAGUUGAGAAGAUUGGCUAAAGAACAUGUUGAGGCAGUUAGACAAGAGGUCGGGAGGUUAAAAGAGGUCGGGGCUAUAAGGGAAAUCUUUUUCUUGGAAUGGCUGGCGAAUACCGUAGUGGUCAAGAAGAAGAACGAAAAAUAUAGGUCAUUGUUGAAAAGAUCUAACUUCACGGGUCGGAUAGCCAAAUGGGGGACCUGGCUCGGAUCCUUUGAUAUAAGGUAUAAACCAAGAAGUUCGGUGAAGGGGCAGGUUUUGGCUGAUUUUGUGGUGGAAUUUUCACCUAGAAGCAAAGCGGAAGUAAUCUGUCGCGUAGACUAUUGCCUGUGGAAAGUGUUCGUGGACGACGCGUUAAGUGCAAUGGGGCCUGGAGCCGGGAUCAUAAUUAUCGCCCUAGAAGGAAUAAGGUUAGAACAUUCUUUCAAGUUAGAGUUCAGGGCCUCUAACAACGAGGUUGAGUAUGAAGCCUUACUUGUUGGAUUGAGAGUCGUUUUGGGUAUAGGUGCACGGGAGGUUGAGAUUCACUCGGAUUCCCAACUGGUGGUCAGUCAGGUGUAG